GAAAUUCCAAAAUAAAAAUGGACCGAGAAGAUCUGAUGGUCACCAACUUGAUCAAAUACAGUCAUCAUAGAUUGCUUCUCUUUGUAUCAUGUCAAGUCACGUAAAAGCUGCAGCUCCCAAGGUGAAGGGACGUAUGUCAUUCAAAGCUGUCAAUCAACAAAGAGUCGGUAAACCACUGGAUGGAGGCAAACGAAAGAGGACAAACAGAAGGGAUGAUGCAGAAGAUGGAGAUACAGAAGCAGAUGAAGAUAUUACAGAUGAAGGAGAAGAAGCAGACGGAAGUGAAAUGGAAGAAGAGAUGGAUACUGAUGAUGAGCUUACUGCAUCUAAGCUAGGCAAGAGUAAAAAGACAGCAAAAAGAAAGCGUCGUGCCACAUCACCAUCUUCAUUUGGUGCAACUCUUCAAGGCUUGCUAGGGAAUGCUGAUGAAGAGGAAGCAGACGAAGAAGAAGGAUCUGAUGGAGAAGCAGGACCAUCAAAGAAAACACUCUCAGCACCCGUACCGGUUGGACAACCUGCAAUCUUAUCGCUAGCUCCUCACAUUCGACGUGGAGCACAAUCUUCUCGUUUGAACGAAAAAGCUGCUCGAUUGGCUUUGGCGGCAAAGAGAAAGCGUGAAGAUCGUGCAAGGGUGACAGAUGUUAUUGGAGGCUGGGGAGCACCGGGAGAACUUCCAAAGACGUUUGAAGGGGAUGAAAAGAUGGGUGAAAGCUCUAAUGAACCAAUGCAAUCUUCCAAAGAAGAACAACAAAAAUUGAAAUCAUGGCUAGAUGAAGGAGGCGUACAAGGAUAUGAAAAACGAUUAAGGAAAUCGGCACAGAGAGGGGUGGUGAAAUUGUUCAAUGCGAUCCGCGCUGCUCAGAAUACGACGGAAGCCGAUUUGAAUGAUGAAGAUGGAGAGCGGAAGUCCACAACAAAGAAUGAAAAAGCGGUCAAAGAGAAUAACACCCAAGCAAGCGCAAAACGUGCCGAUAAUGCAUUGGGUGGAAAAGCCAAAGCAGUCUCUGAAUUGAGCAAGAACAAUUUCUUUGAUCUUUUACGUGCCGGUACAAAGACCAAAUGAUGUCAUAUUCAAUAUUUUUGUGCAUUUGUAGAUUAGUCAAUUUUCUCAUGACCUUUAACAUGACCUUAUGACGGCUGCCCUGCUCUCAUUCAUGAUC